AUGGACCCGUGGAAAAAGGAAGAUUCGAACAGCCACGCGGAUCUACCUGGGGAAAAAUUCGAGGACGAUUUUGUCGAAAAACUAAAUCUCCCGGACUCCGCCGACUACCUCGCAAGGCUAGAAAGGAAGCUUGCGUCAGCGAAAAGCAAAGAUAAAGGUCUCCUCGAGUCGCUUGAGAAGACGAGACAGGACUGCAUCGUGAGGCUCCUCACGGAAGACGUCACUACAUCGGAGCCGAUUGCCGACGAGGACAUCCCGACCAAGUGGCUCAAAAGCUAUAUCAACCCGCAACAGGCAUUAACAGUUGGCGAACUCGUCGAGUUGGUCAAAGCCGACCAUUUGGCCCAAGCGUCUGACGAAAGUCAAAUUGAACGUAAGCCGGGUUAUCUUUAUUGA